AUGUCGAUAUCUCUUAGCUUCGGCGACGAAGAGUUCAGCGACAUCACCAUUUCAUGCCGCGACUACCUGUGGAAGCUCCAUCGCAUCGUCGUCUGCAAGAAAAGCUUGUACCUGAAGCAGGCAUGGGAGCAAGCUCAGAACUGUGACGGUGCGAAGGACGUGAAGCUUGACGACCUCUACGACCCUUCGACGGUGCACAGGCUAUUCGAGUACCUGUACAACGACAACUAUGAUGACGAGGCCGACUUCGCGGUUGAUCCAGUUGUCGAACGCUCGCCUACCUCACAACUCCUCACACCAACGACAACCGCUACCACCGCACCAUCUAGUCCCCCCGCAACCCACAGCGACGACGGGAAGCAGCUUUGUCUUGUGCAUGAAGAAGAAGAUGCACCCAAAGACCAGUUUAUCGUCACAAGACUGCUCAACAACAUGCGCGUCCAUGCACUGGCUGAAGCGUUCGAGCUGACAGACUUGACGGGCCUUGCGACGGAGAAGAUCACGCGGGACGCAGCAGCGGCGUGGAGCCUGCCACAGUUCUUGAACAUCGUCGAGAUCGCUUACGAGAUCACGGAGUGUGCGGCGGAAUCAGAGGAACAGGACGGCCUCCGUAGGCUUUUCGCGGAGGUGUGUACUGAGAAUCUGCCAGACCUCAUGAGAAAACCGGAAUUUAAGACCUUGCUUCACAAGGUUCCCGGUCUUGCUGCAGUCAUCUUGACCGCGCAAGAUGGCCAACUGCUCAUUGCCAUGAUCGCGGAGGGCACCAAGGGAGACACAGAUCUCCAAAUACGCACCCUCAUGGAUGAGAUGGACGAGCAAAGACGCACUCAUGAACAAGAAGUAGUAGCUCAACGACUCGCCCACCAGGAAGAGAUGGGUAUGCAGAAGGGUGCUCACGGGACGAGUCUCGCCAAUGCAGAUGCUGAGCUCGCUGAAUUGAAGAAGAAGUACAGUGAGAUGCAAGCCAUUAUGCGGAGGGCUGAAAUCAUUGCAAGCUCAGGGCUUGUUGGCAUCAAGGGGAUCUCGACCAUUUGGACCGAGAAAGACACAGACGGAGCUGACGGGCAGACGGACCUAUAUCAAAGCAUCACAUCUGUGCCCAAGUACCAGCAGCUAUCGUUUGAAGAGCUCAGGCUGGCCGUCUGGACGAGGAAGCACAUCAACAAGCUCCCUCAAACGGGCGACCUCUUACCUCUCGAUUGGAAGAUAGAUGCUCUGCUCCGCCACAUAAAGAGCAUAGAGGUCGAGGCCGAGGCAGGCAGAAAGAAGGCUUUGGAUCUAGAACAGCUCAAGACGAGAUACGACACCCUUACCGCGGAGCUCGAAAGCGAGACUUCCAAUCUGAAAGCUGAGCAGGCCAAGCUCGCCAGGCUGCGUGGGCAAUACUGGAGCCUGGAGGCGGAACUGAAGCAGAGGACUUCCGACUUAAGUAAGCAGCAGGAUGAAGUCACUCGGCUAAACGACCAGUACCGCGUCCUAUGGGCUCUGAGGGCAGACCUCGAAAGGAAGAACACGGCUUUGACUGCGCAGGAUACCAACGCAGCCAAACUGCGCGAGGAUUACCAGAGACUCAAGACCAAGUUCCAGGCUGUAAUAGCUGAGCCAGACAAGUGGCAGGAGUGCAGGCAUUGCGGUCAGAAUUUUAAUGGGUGCUUUGAGCCGGACAGCCGGGGCUCAGCAAAUAUCACAUUCCGCUGCAGCUACUGCUCAACUCGUCAUGGCAAUCUUGCAAGCCUUUGA